AAUUCUGAUCCAAUUACUGUUUUUACACAUCUGAUGUCUCUUCAGCACCACUACCUCCACUGAACAUCAAAGAGGAACAUCACAAGCUCUCUACAUUGAACAACGAUGAUGUCUCUGCCUCAUUUGCUAGCUCUCUGGGUCACCAUUCAACUGUGCAUUUUUGCCUCCAGCUCACUUGUAUUAGGCUUGAAAAAGUUCUGCUCGUUGUGCCCCUCGGGGGAGCUCAAGAGCCACAGAUCUGGAGAUGAGAUGACAUCCAUGCUGGCGUUAGAUGAGCCAUGCGGGGUUUAUACACUACCGUGUGCUUUAGGGCUCCGUUGUAUCCCUCCAACAGGAGAGCAAAGUCCUCUUCAGGCGCUGCUUCAGGGACGAGGAGCCUGCAGAAACAGCAAAAACACCAUCUCUGAUAUCCCUCCGCCUACAGACUAUGAACCGUCAACCACAGAGAACAACGAGAAGGGUCCAUGUCGCAAACUGCUGAACUCAGUGCUCCAGAGCAUAGAGCUGACAGUGAUUCACUCGGUUCAGGACAUCUACAUCCCCAACUGUGACAAACAGGGAUCCUUCAGGAGGAAGCAGUGUCGCUCGUCACGAGGAAUGCAAAGAGGCCACUGCUGGUGUGUCGAUGAGAAAGGAUCAAAGAUUUCGUCCCGUAGGAGAAGCGAUGGAUCAAUCUCAUGUAGCAGCGCUUAACAGAACUUCACAUGGAAAUCUGUUCAUUACUCUGAGACAGAGAAAAAGCCAGCGACAAACACUGAGAAUAUUUAUGGCCACAAGCCUUUACAGUCCUUCAUCUCCCUCUGGUGGCGACAAAUAUGUUUGCAGCAUUAAUUCUCAUGCAUCAACUGCCAGAACUCUAACAACUUGAUUAAAAGCAUUUCAAUUUUUUUCUUCUACUUUAAAAAAAAACUUUUAUGUUUUAAAACUUAAACUUAAAAAAUAUAAUAUACUCUUUAGUCAAUGUCAUCUCCCAUUAAUGUGCUAUGUGUCCCGAACAAAUUACAGUACAAUGUUUUUUGUUAUUUUUCUUAAUAUAUUUAUGUUGCAUACAUAUUACAUUGAAUAUAUAGUAAUAUAUUGGCUGUCCUUUCGUUGAAAUAGCUGCACAAUAUCUGUGUGUAUGUGUGUGUAUAUAUGAAACAAACUAAACCUUUUCUAUGUGUGGUUUUAAUAAAUACGUAACUGUAACAUAUUGCUUAAAUAAAGAGAUUAAAACAC